AUGAUCAACAUUCCAGCUGAUGUUGAGCGCAUUCUCACCAUUCUGCUAAGCUAUUUCCCUAGCAAUGACUGUUUGAUUUGGCACCAUACCAACAACGGCAUCUACACAGUCCAGUCGGGUUACCAUUUGGCCUCAUCCUUAGCUGAACAACCUCACUCCUCAAGCUCUAAUUCAGAUUCAAUUUGGUGGAAAUCCUUCUGGUCCUUACAGCUACCCAAAAAGGUAAAAAUCUUUGCUUGGCGUGUCAUCCAUGAUGCCUUGCCAGUGUCUACUUCUCUUGUUAAAAGAAAAGUCAUUACUGAUGCCACUUGCUCGGUUUGUCGCCAAGCUUGGGAAUCAAUAGGACAUGUAUUUUUUGGCUGUCAUUAUGCACGGAAUGUUUGGCGUUUGACACAUCAUUCUUUUGAGUGGAAGAAAGCAACAACCAUGUACAAAGGGGAUUAUCUGAGGUAUUUAGCUUCAAUUCACUCCAAAGCUGAAUUAUUUGCACUUUAUGGUGUCUAUGGUCUGAGCGUAAUCAAGUUCUUCAUGUACCUGGAUAACUAUCGUGCGGCUCAGCUGAAAUAUAGACAACCUGCAACUUCAUCUCAAGUGCCACCUUCAUCUUCUGCUGCUCACGCACCUUGGCAGCCGCCUCCAAUGGGAUCUCUUAAAUUGAACAUAGAUGAUGCCUUGGAUAAGCAUUGCAGUAAAAUUGGUGUGGGUGCUGUUGUACGAAAUUCAGUGGGACAUGUUGUGGUUGCUCUCUCUAUGCCUCUAAUUGGUAUUUUUGCCUCUCACGAGAUGGAAGCUAAGGCUAUGUUUCACGGUCUUAAUUGGGUUCUUCAGCAAUAG